GCUCAUUUCUGAUAUACUACCCUGACACCACUGUCCCCAAGCUCACUCCGAAAACUACCAUCAACAUUUACCUUCAGUCUUCCACUAGGAGGUUUCCCAGCGAGCUUUCACCCUCUGUGACUUACUGCUCCCAGCCGGAUGUGCUUGCUGUAGUCUUCCAAAAAUUUCAAAGGCCAGGCAGCAGUUUUGUAUGCAUUAAACAAGCCCUCCUUCCACAAAAUAUUAUCUCUCUCGGUUCACAAGGUCCACAAGUAUAAGAAGAACGCAUUCAGCUCCUGAGCACUAAGGCGGUCAAUCACGUCUUUGACCCAGUCUUGUAAAGUACCAGAUCCUACUGCUUUUGCAGAAAACGCACCUUUUAUCAUGGAGAGUAACCUUCUCAUACAAAGCAUGUUCUGUGGGUAAACAUCAUAUACAUACAUGCCCUGAGAUCAAUAUAAACCCAAGUUGUACGUACAAUGUAAAAUUCAAACUGCAAUAAUGGUUUUGAACUUGGAUUAAGUUUUGAGAAAAAAAUUCUGGUAUCGAGCUGUUGAGGUUUUUUUCAUGUUCUUAACCAGACAGAACAGAUGCAGAGAAUGAGAAAUUUCUAUACCCUAAAAUAUUUUUUUAGAGAAAAAUAAAUUUAGAAGUUCAAAGGAUAAAAUUUAACGGUAAAUGUGGAAUAGAAAUUUGAUAUCUCAAUCAUUUUCCAUAAUUGAGAGCUUCAAUUUAAUUGUGUGCCCCAAGAAAAAAAAAAUCUCCAAUGUAGGGACGAAAUGGUGGACAUACCAGAGAGAUUUUGCACGAGGAGAAAAAGAAUCUCAGGUUCUGGUGGAGAAGAGGCAGCGGCUCAACAGUUCUGAAAUUAUGUCGUAUUAAUUUACAUCAGUCAAACCAAUUUAACAUGUGGAUCAUGAAACCAGCGUAUUUGUAGCAAUUUCUACGGUCUUUGUAAAAUCAUUAAUGGUUGUGUAUGAUCAGAUGCAACUGUUAGUAUCUGUCUAGAGCAUGAUUAUAUAAACAAGGUGAACAAGGUCGACAUUAAAGACCUCACUCGGCUUCACAAAGGGAAAUGGAAAACAAGUGGAAUUUUCAGGGGAAUGGAGAGCUCAAGCUGGUACCGGCACCCAGGAUUCGAGGAGUUCUCAGCAUGAUAAUGCAAAAUCUCAACAAAGAUGACCAAAGGACUACCAUUCCUUUAGGCAUCGGUGACCCUUCCGCUUUCCCAUGCUUUCGGACUAGCAUUUCAGCCGAAGAUGCCAUCGUUGAAUCUGUUCGGUCGGGCAAGUUUAACUGCUAUUCUCCCUCAAUUGGUAUUCUACCAGCAAGGAGGGCAAUUGCAGAUUAUCUGUCAAAUGAUCUCCCAUACAAGUUAUCGCCUGACGAUGUUUAUGUUACAAGUGGAUGUACGCAUGCAAUUGAAAUGGUUCUGACAGCUAUAUCUCGGUCAAGUCCUGUUGCCAACAUUCUGCUUCCAAGGCCAGGCUUCACUUUCUAUGACACUCGGGCAGCCUAUUCCAAUCUGGAAGUUCGCCGAUAUGAUCUGCUUCCAGAAAAGGGUUGGGAGGUUGAUCUUGAAGCUCUUGAGGCACUGGCAGAUGAAUAUACUGUUGCCAUGGUCAUCAUCAAUCCUGGAAAUCCUUGUGGAAGUGUUUAUACGUCUCAACAUUUGAAGAAGAUUGCAGAGACAGCGAGGAAGCUUGGGAUUCUUGUAAUUGCUGAUGAAGUGUAUAACCAUCUUACUUUCGGAAGUACUCCAUUUGUGCCAAUGGGGACAUUUGGAUCUAUUGUCCCAGUUCUUACACUUGGUUCUAUAUCAAAGAGAUGGAUUGUACCUGGUUGGAGACUUGGUUGGAUUGCCAUCUGUGACCCCAAUGCAAUUCUUCAAAAUUCGGGGAUUAUAAAGUCCAUUACAGGAUGUCUCGAAGUCUCAUCGGAUGCUCCAACCUUCAUUCAGGCAGCAAUUCCUCAAAUUAUAGAGCACACAAAGGAGGAUUUCUUUUUGAAAAUAGUUGAGAUGCUAAGAGGUGCUGCAGUCAUAUGUUUUGAUAAACUUAAUGAGAUUCCCUGCAUUACGUGCCCAAGCAAACCUGAGGGUUCCAUGUUUGUAAUGGCAAAGCUGAAUCUCUCAUUGUUGGAUGAAAUUAGUGAUGAUGUUGAGUUCAGCCUCAAACUUGCCAAAGAGGAAUCUGUCAUAGUACUACCUGGUAUGGCUGUUGGGUUGAAGAACUGGUUGCGGAUAACGUUCGCUUGUGACCAUUCAAGUCUUGAAGAUGGCCUUGGGAGGAUUAAAGGCUUCUGUGAAAGGCAUGCCAAGAAAAAAUAACAUGCAUGUGUUGCAAUUCAUAAUAAGAUGGAGUACAUUCAUACUGGUGGUGAUCAACAACUCCUGGUUGGAUUUCAUGCUCCUCUCAAAUGCUGGCUUUGAUUUUUAAUUAAGAAUUUAUAAUUUUAGUGGAAAAUAAAUAUUGACUAAUCAGUCAAUUACGUACUCAAAAUGAAUAAAAUCCCUCUGUAUCCUAAGGGUGAUUUAUAGGAGACCAGCCACUUCAGGUUGUCUCUUGCUAUUCCA